AUGGACAAAGAAAAUCUGACCAGUGUAUCAGAAUUCCUUCUCAUGGGGCUCUCCAAGUGGCCUGAGCACCAACAACUCCACUUUCCACUGUUCCUUGCAAUGUAUGUGAUCACAAUAUCUGGGAAUCUACUUAUUAUCCUAGCUAUAUGUUCUGAUGUUCACCUCCAUAGCCCCAUGUACUUUUUCCUCAUCAACCUCUCUUUUGUUGACAUAUGUUUUAUCUCUACCACAGUCCCCAAGAUGUUAAUGAACAUUUGUACCCAAGAUCACACCAUCUCCUACAUUAAGUGUCUGACUCAAGUGUACUUUUUCACCUUAUUUGUUGGACUCGAUGAUUUCCUGUUAGGUAUAAUGGCAUAUGACCGAUACAUAGCCAUCUGCCACCCACUCCAUUACUCAAUGGUAAUGAGCCCCAGAGUUUGCAUCCUACUUGUGUCUGGAUCCUGGAUCAUCACUAAUAGCUGUUCCUUGUUACACACCCUUCUAGUAAACAAGUUGUCUUUUUGUUCAGAGAACACAAUCCCCCACUUCUUCUGUGACCUUUCAGCCUUGCUCAAGCUCUCCUGCUCUGAUACCCAUAUCAAUGACCUGGAGAUUGUAAUUGUGGGAGGAUUUUUGGUUGGUACCCCCUUUGUUCUAAUCAUAGUGUCCUAUAUUCACAUCAUCUUGGCCAUUCUGAAAAUCCCAUCCACUGGAGGAAAGUAUAAAGCCUUUUCCACCUGUGGGUCCCACCUCUGUAGUGUGUCCAUCUUCUAUGGUGCUGUUAUGGGGGUGUAUUUUCUCCCCUCCUCUACACACCUGGACACUUUAGACAUGUUAGCUGCCAUCUUCUAUACAAUAGUGACCCCCAUGCUCAACCCCUUCAUCUAUAGUCUAAGAAACCGGGAUAUGCAGAAUGCCCUGAGAAAUCUUCUCAGCAAGAUAACAUUCUCCUUUAGUUGA